AAACCCAGCCCAAUCUAUGGCCCGGUCUAUUCGAGAGUAAUCAAUCAACCAUCCACUACUAGUCGAUCAAGAACAGUCACCUCGUCUAGAUCUUUCCGUCUACAGGCGACGGAGAACGAUGACGAUGUUUCACUUCUUCAACUGUGCUAUCUUAACCUUCGGACCUCACGCCGUCUAUUACUCCGCUACUCCUCUAUCUGAGUACGAUACACUUGGCACUUCUGUCAAAACUGCUGUUGUUUAUCUCGUGACAGCGUUGGUGAAGCUUGUUUGCUUAGCUACAUUUCUUAAGGUGUCUGAAAGUGAUGUUUUCGAUCCCUCCCAGGAAUUGUUGAAAGCUUUGAUUGGUUUUAUAGAUGUUGCAGGGCUUUACUUUGCCCUGACCCAAUUAACUCACAGAAACAUCUCUCAAAAUCAUAAGUUCCAGGCAGUUGGACUUGGAUGGGCUUUUGCUGAUUCCGUUUUGCAUAGGUUGGCACCCCUUUGGGUGGGUGCGAGAGGACUUGAGUUUACUUGGGAUUACAUCCUGCAAGGUCUUGAAGCAAAUGCAAAUCUGAUGUUGAGUCUAUCACUUGCUGCAUUGGGAUCUUUGAUGUGGCUAAGGAAAAACAAGCCCAAGACAUUGAUUCCAAUCAUCUAUGCAUGUGCAGGUUUUGUGGCAACAAUGCCUUCCAUCACAAGCUAUCUGAGGUGGGGAUUAGGAUGGCAUCUACCAGAAGUUGUAGGUUUUCAACUGUUCACCUCCUUGACUAUGGCAUUAGUCAGCUGGCAACUCUUCUCUGCUUGUCAGAAACCAUCAGCUUGAUAUGAUUUAAAAUAAGAUUAGAAGAGGAUCCAUGUUUUGAUUAAGGACUAUUCUUGUAGAAACUGACAUGAAAUUCAUCUACGGAUUACGAGAAAUUGUUUUCCAAGUUUUUCUCUAUAUUAUUUCGCCGGUUUUUAUAGUUCUGGACCAACUGUGGUUUUGAAAAUUACGUAGGUUGGCCAGACUAACUGGUUUUAGUGGUUUUAA